AUGGCAGAUUCCGCUCUGAUUCUGCAUCUCAAGAUUUGCCAUCAGUUGGACAACCAUCCACAAGCAAAUACAACCCUCCACGCUGAGCGCGCGGCUGCACACGCAAAUCUGGGGAAAGCACAUCACAUUCUUGGGCAUUACAAACAAGCAGAACUGGAGUAUCUACAGGCUCUCGAUUUAUACCAAACUGUUGCUGGAAACAGAUCUCAUAACCACGGGAAGCUAAAAGGACCUCGCGCUGAACCGGACUCGCCGGAGGUUGGCGCGCUGGGUAGUGACCUCAACCCAGUAAAGAAUGGCUUGAUAGAAGUGACACAAAAUCUAAUGAAUCUUUGCAAGGAGUCUGGCAAGGGUGGUAUGGCCAGAAUAUAUGAACACAAGUUGGAAAAACUCCAAGCUCAGGGGACGCAAUAAUGGAAAACGAUCGAUCCUAUGAUACAGAAGGAAUAAUUUAUUACAUAAAAAUGGGUCAUCCGCAAUAUGGCAAAGUCCGCCGGUAUGCUGGCGUUCGCCUACAGCUCUUGUUCAUCCUCCAGCAAGACCAAAUACGUUAAAAGAACAACCAUGAAAAGGGCCAGGAGACAUAGAGGGAUGAGAUACAGCGAACCUGUCAUUACGUUCAUUAAUACGACUCACACGGAAGCGUCGCGGCAACAUUCGUACCUGAACUUUGAGGGACCACGGCUAUAUGGCAUGUACCGUCCGCGGAACCGCUGACCAGUAACUGUGAAUUGGGGCUAAAAGCAAGGGUUGUGACGGGGAAUCCGUGCGCGUUUGGCACACGAUACACGUUCUGCGCGAACUUUGUAAGAUACAAGAAUCGACGAAUCUACCACACUGGCACGACUCACCUGUAAACCCUUAGCUGAUAUGACACUAACGCUCAAAUCCGCCGAUCCAUAACCCAGUAGCUCGCCGUUGUCGCUGCGACAGUGAUGAGAUAUAGUUAAUAAAUAUUACCGUUGGCUGGAAUACAUAAACACGAACCUGAUGGCGAAUGACGUCGUUGGUUUGUUCGAAAUGGCCUUCUGUCUGUGAAGCUUCCACCCUGAAGUCUGCC